AUGAAAGUGAACCUACCCAAUGAGCCAGUGAAUGGACCAAAGCACUCUGUAGUGUCUGAAUUUGUGUUCCUGGGACUCUCCAAUUCCUGGGAGACUCAGAUUUUUCUUUUUUGCUUUUCUUGCCUCUUUUAUGUGUCCAGUUUGGCAGGAAACCUCCUCAUAGUUGUCACUGUGACCUCUGACCAUUACUUGCACUCCCCCAUGUAUUUUUUGCUGGCCAACCUCUCUGUCAUUGAUCUGAUAUUUGGCUCCAUUGCAGCACCCAAGAUGAUCUACAACCUCUUCAGGAAGCAGAAAGUGAUCUCCUUUGGGGGCUGUGUAGCUCAUAUCUUCUUUAGCCAUGCUGUUGGGGGCACUGAGAUGGUGCUGCUCAUAGCCAUGGCCUUUGAGAGGUAUGUGGCCAUAUGCAAGCCUCUGCACUACCUGACCAUCAUGAGCCCACGGAGGUGCAUUUUGAUCUUAGUGGGCGCCUGGACCAUUGGUCUCCUUCACUCAUCAGCCCAGUUGGCUUUUGUUGUUAACUUGCCCUUCUGUGGGCCCAAUGUAUUGGACAGCUUUUACUGUUACCUACCUCAGUUCAUCAGACUAGCUUGCACGAAUACUUACAAACUGGAGUCCAUGGUCCCUGCUGACAGUGGGCUCAUCUCCCUGGCUGCAUUCUUCCUGCUCGUCCUCUCUUACAUCUUCCUCCUGGCUACCCUGCAGAAGCACUCCUCAGGAGGCUCUGCCAAGGCUCUUUCCACUCUCUCAGCUCAUGUUACUGUGGUGGUUUUAUUCUUCGGUCCAUUGAUUUUUUUCUAUGUGUGGCCUUCUCCUUCAACACAUCUGGACAAAUUUCUAGCUGUAUUUGAUGCAGUUUUGACUCCAUUUCUAAAUCCCAUCAUCUACACAUUCAGGAACAGGGAGAUGAAUGUAGCAAUGAGGAGAGUGUUCAGUCUGCUCCUGGGUGUUCAAAAAAUCACCUGA